GUUUUUUAGCACUUAGCUAUGGCUUGCAAGUAGCGUGCCACUAAAAUUACAUGAUCUGAGUAGAGUUGGAAAUGGAAGAGACUAAAGAGUGUGUUGGGGGAGGAAGAUCAAGAAAUUGGAAAGAAAAAAUGUUAUUAGAAAAGAUGAAACCAUAUCUCUUGAGUAUAUUUGUUGCUUUCUGCCAGGCAGGAUUUAACAUCAUCUCCAAGGUUUACUUGGAUAAAGGCAUGAAUGUUUAUGUUCUUGUGGCCUAUGGGUUUGCCAUUGGAGCCGUAACUACAGCUGUUCUAGCAUCACUCUUUGAAAGAAUAUUGUUCUACAUUGGUCUGGAACACACUUCAUCAGCAUUUGCAGCUGCCAUGAACAACUUAACUCCAUUAAUGACCUUUAUUUUGGCCAUUUUAUGCAGGAUGGAGAAAUUAGACAUUUCCAAGCUCAGUGGCCUAGCAAAGCUUGGAGGAACUAUAGUUGGAUUGGGCGGGGCCACACUCAUGACCCUAUACAAGGGUAUCACUGUGCUUUCAGUGCAUAAUCCCUACACUCAUCAACAAAAGUCCGCAUCAAAAAUAUUCCAAGAUAAGAAAUUAGUAAUAGGCUCUCUUGUGCUUCUUAUUCAGACAAUUACAGCAGCAGCAUUAAUCAUCUUACAGACAACAACAGUGAGAAAUUAUCCAGCUCCUAUGACGCUUACCUCAUUAAUAAGCCUAGUAGGAACUCUACUUUCAACAACCUUAGCAGCAAUUAUAGAUCAUAAAGCUUCAUCAUGGAGAUUGUCCUGGGACAACACUCUUGUUGCUCCUAUAUAUAAUGGAAUUGUAAUCUUUGGAAUUACAAUUUUUGUGCAAACUAGGGUGAUACAGAUGAGGGGCCCUGUUUUCACGUCAGCAUUUAGGCCACUCACAACAGUAAUUGUAGCUAUUAUGGCACUUCUAAUUUUAGGCGAGGAAUUGCACUUGGGAGGGGUAAUUGGAGCUACAAUGAUAAUCCUUGGCUUGUAUGCAAUUCUAUGGGGAAAGGAAGAUGAGAAAAAGAAGAGGCUAAUGGAGCCAGUGAUUUGUGAUAAAGAAAUAGAGAUAAAAGCAGAAAAGCAAUAGGACUGUAUUUUAAUGAAAAUGGUUGUUUAGACUCUAUUUAUAUAGUUGAUUC